AUGGUAACUAUUGUAGUGGAGAAAAACGUUGGAAAGAGCAUGGCUGUUCCCAGCAAGCGCAAGAUUGAGCAUCAGAAGCAAAAAAAUUGUAAUGUUGGGGAUGAGUCUUAUGGCUUGGAUGAAGAAGAGGAAACGGAAGAAGAGGAGGACGAAGAGCAGGGUAGUGGUAGCAGUGAGUCUGAACUCGAUGGAGAUGAUAUCCAAAAGGGAGCUACAAAGUUCACUAAUGGCUCCAGGGCAUUUAAGAUGGCCUUCACGAAAAUUAUGAAAAAGAGUCCUCAGGAUGACUUGGUCCUUGUAAGUUGCCCAUUUAAUGCUCUUAAAUUUUUUCUCUAUGUAUUUUUUAAACUUCCCAUGUUCGUUCAUUUGACUGUGCUUUUGGUUUCAGGGUCCUGUUCUAUCAGCACAUAAGAAACUUGUGGUGAAGAAGCUUGCUGAAGAUGUCGAGGAGCUGAAGGCUAAGGGUGAUGCGAAGAAAGCAAAGAAUUUGGUAUUUUUUUCUUUCCUUUGUGGCUUUCCACAUCAUCUGAAAGCUAGCAUUUGAUGUAUUUGGGAUUACAUGGUAUCAAUAGGCAGGGGAGAAAGGGCAUGCAAAGCCUGCUGGCUUUCUGGAUUCAAAGGAGAAGUUUCUUAUUAGUGUUGCCACGAAAGGAGGCAAGACAUCGUAUUCUAAAAUCUUAAUCUUUUCUUCAUUAGUGAUUUUUCUUCUGAUUUAUCAUAUUGUGAUUAAUGUCUAUCUGAUAUAAUCACCAUAUUUCAUGUCCCUGCUGGACGUUCAGUGGUCAAGCUAUUCAAUGCUGUAAGGCUACUUUAUUGCCAUCAUCGUUUUGAAUCUGCUAUUGGGUAAUUUAUCUAUGAUUACGGUUAAUUAUUCUAUUGCCUUGCAAACACUGCAGGUUAACAAGGCACAAAAUCCUCAGAGAGCAUUGAAUCCUUCCAGGUCAAAAGAUGCAAAAGGUAUGUCAUUUACUGCUGCUUAUCAUCUUUUCAUGUGUUGCCUAAUUGUGUAGCACUUCAUAGGAUAUUGUCCUAGCGAAUUAAGUGUUGAGAAGUCAUUACCUGUUUGUCACCUUGUUAUCAGAUUCGGUUUAGGACUAAAUUUGUAUUUCAUAUACUAUAUUUUCGUGUUUGUCUAAUAUUCUUUCAACGUAUAUUCGAUCAAUGUUCAAUGAAAAAAUAGACGAGAGAAUGUUGGAAUUACUGAAGAUGGUUGAAGAAAGAGCAGGGAGACAAUCCUUGAAUUUUUGGUGCUGAAUUCGUAUAGAAUUCAGAUACAUAAAACUAUUCAUUUGAAGUUGGAAAGGGAAUUUGAAUUUAGUUUUAAAAUUAGACUGAUAGGUUAUCUUGGCUUUUGUCGAAUGCUGUAGAUUUCUUGAUAAAACGUAAAACUUUAUUGACAUUCUUUAUGUUUUUAACCAUUUUCUUCAUGUGAACAUUGUCCCAUAAAGUAUGACUGGAGAAAUGUUUUAUGAAAUGUGACAGUGUUGGCCAAGAAGAGUAGAGCGGCAUUUUUUUCUGAGAUAAGGAAGACAACAACAGGGUCCAAUGACAGCCGUUCUUCCUUCUACCCUGGCAGGGUGAGAUACUUCUGUCAUAACUUUUGUCAUCUAAUAUUUCAAUUUAGCUAAUUUCUUUCUGCUUUCUACACAUUAUAAAAUCUUUUAGUCAAACCUGCGUGAAUGUCUCUCAUUGUCGUGAACAUCUUAAUUUUUGAUGUUUUGUUCCUAUUUCUUCAAAUGUUCCCAAGUGCUUUGGUUUUUAAGAAUAUUUGGAUAUUUUUUUAUCCUUUUAAGUUUCUUACAAUCGGGAAUCCUCUUUCUGAAGGUUACUAAGGAAGCAGAUUCCAGUAAUGAGGAACCAGGAUGGGCUCCUCUACGAGACAGCUAUAUGCUCACGAGUUCUAAAGUGAAAGAUUGGGACAAGAUGGAGGUGAGAGUUUUUAUUCUUUAUUAUUGGCCUGGUGUUACCUCUAUGGUUCUAAAUGGGUGAUUUUUUUGGCGUUUUGUGCAAAUAUAUCCAGAAUUCUUUGGCUGUACAAGACGCAAUACAGCAUUCCGGGAGUGGCUCUGAUGAGGACUAG